AUGACUUCAUUAGCUGUUUUACCACUGUUGAAGAGAACCAUGACUGACUUGAUGGAUGAAGAGUUGUAUCAAAUACCAUCGUCACCCAUCUUCACCACCGCAUCCAGCAACAACAGCAAGAACGAAGUGUCUAACGAAUCCUACAACGACGGCUUUAAUCUCAAUAAUACAUUCAACUACAACACCACCAGUCGAACUUCAGUAAACUCUUCACCAAAUCUACCCUUUGCACAACUAAAUACCAUGAGGGACUCCUUUUACAAUGGCGCUGCUACUCAAAACAACUCAAGUAAUAAUUUGGGUAACAUGUUGAACAUUCCUGACUCAUUUCUUGAGCAAAUAUCUUCAAAGGAAGGUGUGGACCAGUUCAAGCAACAGCAACAGCAACAGCAACAGCAACAGACGCAGGUGCUGGACGUUGGUUACCCACAAGAUUCACAACCUGCCCACAUUAACCCAUUCACCAAGUAUGCCAACCCAAACUCAUUUAUAAGGCCAUCAUCGCUAGCGUUCAACCAACUGCUACAGCAGCCACAACAACAGCAACAGCAACAGCAACAGCAACAGCCACAACAGCAACAGCAGCCACAUACGUCUCAGAGUCCGGGUCCAGGUAAUGGCUACUUUCUUCAACCGCCUCCUUUACCACAAGCAUUUCCACAAAGAAGAAGAAAGAGAAUCACAACUAUUGAUGAUUUGGAGCCAGCCGGAGGCAAGAAAAAGAGUAUAGACGAGGACUACUUGUUGUACAAUCCCGACAUUUCACCAGGCCAGGUUAUUCAUGAGUUGGAUGACUCGUUUUAUGUUCCACCAAGUCAUAACAAUGACAUUAUCAAUUCCAAUUCAAUCGAAGGAUAUGAAAAUGACAUUAUUCCUGGUUACGAAAACGAUUAUUUGUACUUGGAUGAUGAAAAUGAACAAAUUGAAGAGGAUUUAUCUGAUGAUGAAGGAGAUGAGGAUAACUACUUCCAUGUGGAUGAAGAAUUUGAUGAUUAUAUCAUGAGCAAUUCCGGUUACAAUAUUAUAAAUGAUCACUCUGCAGAGUAUUCUACUUUUGAUGCAUUCAAGAAUAUAUCAUUGGAAGAUCACCAUCACCAACAAGCACAACAAAAGAACAAUUUGCAGCACGAGCACGAGCAAGAGGCAAACACACCAAUAGAAGACGAAGAUCAUCAUGACAUGGGCAAUCCUGCUUUACAAGAGUUGCAUGACGAGGCAAUAAUCAAGGUUGAGGAUGAUGAAGAGAGUUUGGAAUUUCAACCACCUGUUGUUUCUGAAAUUUCACCACAAUCAAUCGUCUCGCCAUUGGCAUCGACUCCUGAGAAUGACUAUACUUCUGCCAGCGUUGAUACUGUUCAUAUCAAGCAGGAACCAGACGCAGGCACUACUUUUGAAGAGGAUGAGGAUGCAAUGAUGAUUGAUAAUUCUGAUGAUGAAGAUAUGGGUGGACAAGGCACUGAAGAUACACGGAACAGCGCGAAAAAGGAGUCAUCAACAGAUGCCGAACAUCCAUACAAGUUGGGUGCUGAAAUAUCCGCCACCAAUCCUGAUCACCGUUGUGAGUUGGUUAAUCCUGGUACGGGUAAAGUUUGCAAUAAGCAAUUUUCCCGUCCAUAUGAUUUGAUCAGACAUCAAAACACUAUUCACGCGUCGAUGAAGAAGAUUUAUAGGUGUGUCAUUUGUGAAGGAAGAUACAAAGGAGGAACGGGUAAUGGAAAACAAAAGACGUUUUCUAGAAAUGAUGCAUUAUCAAGACACAUCAAAAUUAAGCACAACAUUGUUGGUGAUGAAGCAUUGGAAUUGAUUAAUGAAGCAAAGGAAAAUGUCGAAUAUCACCCAGUCUCUGCUGCUUUAUAG